AUGAAUCACCCAGCCAUAUUCAUCACUUUCAUCUUUGCACUUUUCUGGUCGUAUUCUACAGCCGACGAGGAAGGUCUUCAAUUAAAGAGUUCUUCCAAGGACGAGGUUAGAGGCUGCUACAAGCACAAUCAGACGUUGGCAGUUUGCUUUGAUGUGAAGAAAGGCUCCAUAAAGAUACAGAAGUCCUCGGGGGAAGGAAUUGUCUACUACCAAGAGCUUGGACCAGAAAUGUUCCUCUAUCAAGUCUUAGAUAAGGCUUUUAUUACCGGGUAAAUAUUUCUUAUAACUAGCAAGUUGUAUAUAAUCAUGCGGUUCAAAUUUUUUAAAAUAUUUUAGCUCACAUGCGAAGAUCGGAAAUCUAGAAAUGUUAGGACAAAAUUUUGUCUCUCCUUCAAACUCUUUCAAAACCAGAUGUGAUAGCUACUCUGCCAAAGAGUUUCCGCAUACUGAUUUUUGUUCACAAGGAUUCAGGGUUAAAACCGCUUUAAUUUGUACAUCCUUUUAUAAGCUUCUGCGUUUUAAUCAGUAAGUAGCUGGGAAAGUAUCCACACUUAGUAGCUUUUAUUUUAAAACAUGCUCACACCACCCCCAGAACCCAUCUCUGGUAAGGCGUGAUAAACAAUCUUCAUUUGUGAUGUGGUCCUUCCAAGAAAAGUUUAGGGCUGUGCGAAACAUUCUAGUGUAGGCACCAUCAAUUUCCUUUUCAGUGGUGUCUCCUAUGAAACAAACUAUAGACAGUGUAUAGAGUUAGAAAUUCGAGAAAACGAAGCGGGAUUGCGGAUCUCCCCUCCCCUUCCCUUCAAGACCCUACUUCACUUGUUUUUUUAUUUAAACUUGUCUCUCAGCCGUGGCGCUUCGAUGAUUUACGUACCAGAUGACGUUCCACGUACGCCAGAAGCUUUGCGAGCCUUUUCCAAUGACAUACAAGUUGAAGAUGAAUACGAAUCUCCAGAAAGCGUCUAUCAAGCAGCCAUUCGGGAGCUUCACCGUAUGCCAGAGUUGCGGCUGCUAGAGCGAGUGUCAUCCGCGUUGGCAGACAACACGAAGCGCCUGAAGAUCCUUGAGCCAUUCCAUGGCCUGUGUCUGAACCUCCUCAAGGCCGCAGAUGUAGAGAUUCCGGAUGAACUCAGAGCUGAGCCUGACCAAAAUGACCGUGACAAGCGCUGCUCAAGACCGACGGCGAAUAAAUGUCGUGGAAUGUGUGGUCCCGGAUGUACUUGUUGGAAGUGGUAUUGCGGCGACUGCUGCUGGCAUAGAGGCUGCUACGAACAUGAUUUGUGUUGUAAAAAGAGUAGAUUCAGUAAAUAUUGCCUUACGCCCCCGGGAUGCAGUAGUUUCUCCGGUUACCCUAAAUGCCUUCGUAGCUCCGGGUGGAAGUGAUGUCUUGCUGGAUAAUGAGUGAAACGCCAUCCCACAUACGAAUUACACACUAGCCUGUUCCAGGCGUUCAGAUAGUUGAGUGUGGCGCGAAGUCAGACUGGGGAAAAAUAUAAGGAAAAAGAGAGGGAGAGGGGAGGGAGAGGGAUAGAGAUUAGGUUCCUUUGCCUUCACUCCCUACCCCACCCUUCUCUCUCUCAUCCCUCUCUUCGCGCCGUCCCGACCCACAAACUAAACGCCUGGAACAGGCUAGUUACCCACAGACUGACACACGAGAACUCUAGUAACAUUCCACUGACUUACGCGUACAUACGGGUAACCAACAGAUACAUAUAAAUACAGACGAGUGCCAGAAGUACAGAAGCUAAGUUUUAUCAUCGAUUAUCUGUAAACCUGUAGCCAAUCAGACUUACUAAAUUUAAUAAAGGAAUGGCGAA